GCUGUGAGCGAGGUGGGCGGGUCGCUGAGAAGCCUGAGGAAGAGGGCGGCGGCGGUUGUGGUGACUGAGCGGAGCCCAGUGACAGGAUGGCUGGGCACAGAUUGGUGUUGGUAUUAGGAGACCUGCACAUCCCUCACCGGUGCAACAGUUUGCCGGCUAAAUUCAAAAAACUGCUGGUGCCAGGAAAAAUUCAGCAUAUUCUCUGCACUGGAAACCUUUGCACCAAAGAGAGUUAUGACUAUCUCAAGACUCUGGCUGGUGAUGUUCAUAUUGUGAGAGGAGACUUUGAUGAGAAUCUGAAUUAUCCGGAACAGAAAGUUGUGACUGUUGGGCAAUUCAAAAUCGGUUUGAUCCAUGGACAUCAAGUCAUUCCCUGGGGAGAUAUGGCCAGCUUGGCUCUGUUGCAGAGGCAGUUUGAUGUGGACAUUCUUAUCUCGGGACACACACACAAAUUUGAAGCAUUUGAACAUGAAAAUAAAUUUUACAUUAACCCAGGUUCUGCCACUGGAGCAUAUAAUGCCUUGGAAACAAACAUUAUUCCUUCAUUUGUGUUGAUGGAUAUCCAGGCUUCUACAGUUGUCACUUAUGUGUAUCAACUAAUUGGAGAUGACGUGAAAGUAGAACGAAUUGAAUACAAAAAAUCUUAAAACCAGGCCUGUCCUGAUGAUUUUUGUUGUUUUUUUUUUUUUUUUUCAUUCCCCUGUUCAAAUCAAGUAAUUAAACAUUUAAGAGCCACAAAAUUGUAUCACUUUUAUAAUAUUUUGCAGUAAAAUAUAUCAUCUUCUGUUAAUACAGUGCUCUAAGCUUCUUGUAAACUAUAAGAAUAUAUUUAGUUUAUGUAUAUGAUUUCUAUGAAAAGAUGUCCACCACACAGUAAUGGUCACGUGUUAUGAAAAAUUUAUCCUUGUAAAUAUCUUCAAAGUUGAUACUUGGGACUUUAUUACAAAAGUAGUGCAUGGGGAGAAAGAUUCUAGACCUUCUUGUAUACAUUUUUCUCUUCUCCAAUAAUAAAGUUACCUUUCAUUUA